CAUGAAAAUCGCUAUGUCCGAGGGGAUGGCUCCACGAUCUUUUUCUUACAGCGAGCUGAGGAGAGCAACAAACGGUUUCAGCGUGCAGCUCGGUAAAGGUGGCUUUGGAACGGUGUUCAAAGGGACCUUGUCUGAUGGCGAAACAACGAUUGCCGUCAAAAAGCUUGACAAGGCACAGGAAGAAAAGAGAAGAUCUGAGAAAAUGGUGAAACGAGGAGAAAGAGCGUUUCAUAUGGAGAUUAAGGUGAUUGGAAAGACUCAUCAAAGAAACCUUAUCCGGCUUCUCGGCUUUUGCCAUGAAGGCUCAAACAGGCUCCUGGUUUAUGAAUACACGAGCAAUGGUUCCCUAGCAGAUCUAAUCUUUGACCCUGAAAGAUGGCCUCGCUGGACUGAAAGAGUGAGGAUUGCAUCGGAUGUCGCUAAAGACAUCCUUUAUUUGCAUGAAGGCUGCGAGAAACCCAUCAUCCAUAGUGAUAUAAAGCCCCAGAACAUACUCAUGGAUGAGAAUGGCACCGCAAAGAUCUCCUCUUUUGGGCUAGCAAAGCGGUUGAUGCCAACUCAGACAAGAACAAUGACAGAUAGAAGAGGAACCCCAGGAUACGUUGCACCAGAAUGGAAUGGGGACACGGCGAUAACAGCAAAGGUAGAUGUUUACGGUUUUGGCAUUGUCCUAUUAGAACUUGCAUGCUGCAGGCAAACCAUAGAUGCUCGGGUGGAACCAGAAGAGAUUGUUCUCACACAGUGGGCCUAUAAUUGCCUUCAAGCAAGGGAGUUGGAGAAGCUCUUACGGGGUGAAGAAGCGGAGAUGGCAGAGUUGGAGAGGCUGGUUAAGAUUGGGCUCUGGUGCAUUCAACCGCUACCAGAUUCCCGGCCUUCCAUGAAGAAAGUAAUGAUGAUGCUGGACGGGAAUUUGGAAGCAUCCCACCCUCCAUCCCCUAAUCCGAGGAACUGAUCCACAAGCGCUGAAGUAAGCAUACCGCUAACCCGUGCUACACAAGCGGUGACAAAAUCUUCUUGCGUCUCGGGGAAACCUAUGGUAUAAGUUCAUGUUUCUUGCAUCUUUGGAAAUCUGGCUCGUAGGUCCUAUAUAAUGUUUAGCCCAUUCCUACUAUAUAAUGUUUCUUGCAUGUUCUCUGUUCUCUGUUUCUGUAAUUUGCUUCCUACUACUCUGCUUGUAAUUUCAGACAUUCAGAUCUCUGUACAUAGCUCUUGCCCCUCUUGGCUUUUAAUAAAAGAUGGGUGGCUGCUGCCUUCAGCCUCCCUUACCCCCAAAAAAAACUUAAGGAGUCUCAUAA